UUGGUUCGCUGAUAAAAGUUACCUUUGACAAACCUUUGGAAAAAUUUGAACUCAAGAUGUGGAAAGCUGGAAAAGAACGAAAUAAUACCAAGGCAAGUUUUCCCUUGUCGGCUAAUACCAAAACUAGCGCUAAGCCCGUCGGUACUAGGAAAACGUUCGGGAUGACUUCUGCUAUCAGCUGGGAUGACCCAACAUCAGACGAAAUUCGGAAGACGAAUGAAUUGAAUAAGCUACUAGAAUCUUAUGGUAUUUUCGAAACUGCAGCGGAGUCAAAUCAUCGCGCUGCGAUUUUGGAAAAGUUGAGCCAAUUGGUAAAACAGUGGAUACACGACGUAGCUCUCUCCAAGAACAUUUUGCCAUCUAUGGCCAACAAGUUGGGAGGAAAGGUUUUCGCGUUUGGAUCAUACCUAUUAGGCGUGCAUCACAGAGGGGCCGAUAUCGAUGCUUUGUGUGUGGCCCCGUACUGUAUAGAGAAGUCUGACUUUUUCAGGUCAUUGUUUGAGAUAUUGAAGGCGCAUUCUGGAGUCACGAAAUGUCUCUCCAUAGAAGAAGCAUUUGUACCAGUAAUUAAGAUGAAUUUCGAAGGCGUGGAAAUCGAUUUGUUGUUUUCACGUUUAGACCUCGAAACCAUCCCCGAUGAUAUUGACCUACAAAAUGACAAAUUGUUGAGGUAUCUGGAUCCGCAAUCGAUGCGAAGUUUGAAUGGCCGGCGCGUUACGGAGAAGAUACUGAAGCUAGUUCCGAACGUAGAUACAUUUCGUUCCACACUAAGAGCGAUAAAACUUUGGGCUAAAAGUCGUGGAAUUUAUUCAAAUUCCGUUGGCUAUUUUGGAGGAGUGACAUGGGCUAUGUUAGUGGCUCGGGUCUGUCAACUAUAUCCAAAUGCUGCACCCGCCACUAUUAUACAAAAAUUCUUUCUGAUUUUUUCUAUGUGGAAAUGGCCACUGCCGGUGCUGCUUACACCGGUAGACGACGCUGAUAUGGGUCAUCCUGUAUGGGAUCCUCGAGUAAAUUUAUCUGACCGUUCUCACCUGAUGCCAAUUAUAACACCAUCGUAUCCGCAGCAAAAUUCAACAUUUAACGUCACCGAAUCCACGAGAAAGGUUAUAGCAGAUGAGUUUCAGCGAGGCAAGAGGAUAUCAUUGGAGAUAAUGCAAGGGAAAUCGACGUGGGACCAAUUAUUAGAGCCUCCUCAAUUCUUUUAUAAGUAUCGACAUUUCAUUGCGUUGUUAGCAAACUCGAAUACGGCGGAAGACCAUUUGAAGUGGUGUGGGUUCGUUGAAGCGAAACUGCGCUUAUUAGUGGGCAGCCUGGAUCGUAACCCACAAAUAUCUUUAGCCCAUGUUCAUCCGAAAUGUUUCGAUAUGUACCGACAUGCAGGUAAACAGGAUUCUACGCCAUCUUUUUGUUCAAUGUGGUUCAUUGGACUUGAGGUCGCAGUCGUUGGGAAUUCGAGCGUGAACUUAUCAGACAGCAUUCAGGGAUUUGUGACGCAAGUUCACUCACAAGCUGAGAAAAUGGUACAGGUAGGGAUGAAAAUUGAAGCUCGGUAUGUGAAACGAAAACAAUUGAAUCAAUAUCUGGAUCCUGAAAUAUUGAAACGUGAGAGACGAAGUACAGAACAACAGACAGUGCCUCUGAAACGAAAGUCCAACGAAAUAUCUACGCAGCUGUCGAAAAAGAGCCGUACCGCUGAGAUGACUAUAAAUUAAUAGAUUUAGGUUAAGAACUUAGACUUAUUCGUAUUGAAUGUUUUCUUUGUAAAUAAAUU